AUGCGUCUACUCACACAAAUCACGUUGCGGACUUAUGUCUGUCCGUCAUGUAGACAUGGUGCGAUUGCUGGUCGGCGACGACUUGCCACGCGGGCAGGCCAGACCCCUGACAUCUACGAUGUUGUCUGUGUCGGAGGUGGCCCGGCGGGUCUAGGGCUUUUGGCUGCGCUUCGAGCUUCUCCUGUUACGUCAAAGCUCAAGGUUGCCCUCAUCGAGAGCCAGGACCUCAACAAGGCGCGAUCAUGGACCAUGGACCCCAAUCAGUUUUCCAAUCGCGUCAGCAGCUUGACGCCGUCCUCGAAGGCCUUUCUGGAAAGGAUCGGUGCCUGGGAGCAUAUUGAGCAGGAGCGAGUGCAGGAUUAUCAAGAAAUGCAGGUCUGGGACGGCGAGAGCGGUUCCCGAAUAUCAUUUGACUGGACGAUGGAUACACCUGCGUUCGAGGAGAUGCGCACAGUAGCGACGAUGACAGAGAACUCGAAUCUCGUCCGCGGACUUUUGAAGAGAAUCGCGGCUUCGGGUGAUGAAAACCUGAAGCUCUUCUCCAAUACAACGGUGGCUGGAAUUGAGAACGGAGUCGACCUUGGCCCUCAUGGCCCAGAUCUGUCGGCCUGGCCGAUUCUCUCGCUCAAGCCCAGCGGACCUAUUUCUGAAGGGCAGGCCUCGUCCCAGAUCGCAGCUAGAUUGCUCAUUGGGGCCGAUGGCAUCAAUAGUCCUGUGCGCUCCUUCGCAGACAUCCCCACGAACGGCUGGGACUACAAUCGUCACGGCGUUGUGGCGACCCUUGCCCUUGCGGAUCCCGAUACACCUCCUUUCCCACCCUACCUGCGCACCGCGUACCAGCGCUUCCUACCUUCGCUUGGCGGACCUAUUGCGCUUCUCCCACUGCCCAACAAUCAUGCCACGCUUGUCUGGUCCACAACCCCAGAGCACGCCGCAUACCUCAAAUCUCUCCCCUCCUCAGCCUUCCUCGCCAUGGUCAAUGCUGCCUUCAGACUGUCCAUGACGGAUCUCAAAUUCAUGAUGGACGUCAAGACGUCCUCGUCAGGACAAACCUCACAUGAGGACGAGCUCUCCUGGCGCGUGCAACACACCCCGAUCCCGGCUCAGGUUCCACCCAUGGCCAACGCCGUGCAGUCCGGUUCCAUCGCGUCUUUCCCGCUGCGCUUCCGCCACGCCGCGCAAUACAUCUCUCCCCGGGUCGCUCUUGUCGGCGAUGCCGCACACGUCAUCCAUCCCUUGGCAGGCCAGGGCUUGAAUCUGGGCAUUGGAGACAUCGCGUCACUCUCGCAGACAAUCGAAUAUGCAGUCUCUCAUGGCAUGGACAUCGGCGAUCUUCUGACUCUCGAGCGAUACUCAUCUGAGCGAUACUUGACUAACUCCAAGAUCGGAGGCGCGUGUGAUCUCUUGCACAAGAUGUAUAACGUUCCCGGUCAAGGUCCUGUGACCUGGGCUCGAAGCUUCGGGUUGGAUGUGAUUGAUAAGCUGCCUUUUGUGAAGUCGUUCUUGAUGAAGAAUGCUCAAGGGUGA